AUGGCUCUCGAAGAACCCAAAUUUCCCAAAAAUUUGCCCGAUAAUCAGCAAAAAAUCAAUAAGAGCAAAGAUGAGAAAAAACAGCGUUUAGUUAAAUCAAAAGUCACUGCGCGCAAUGAGAAGAUUCAGGGCACAAACGAUUCUUCUAUAGUUUCCAAGCGUUCCGUCGAAAGGUUAUAUUGGUCUAAAAGAACUCCUGGAAUUAAUGGGAAAAUAAUCCAAGAUCAAAAGUCAAUUGUUGAAUUUUUUAGACCGUUUGUCUCUAAGCCUCAGCGAAGAUCUCCAACCAUCAACCGAGGCUAUUGGACAAGAAUGGAAGCUAUUAUGAAUCAUAUUGAGUUCACAAUCAAGUCUAGUCCAUGCUCUAAAAAUGUUGUUGUUGGUCUUGGUGCUGGCUUUGACCCAUAUCCAUUUCAAUACCUGUAUAAUCAUGCUCAAGAAAACAAAAACUCUGAAAUCGUUUUUUUGGAUGUUGAUUUUCCCGAUUUGAUUAAACGUAAAGUAGCAAUGAUUAAACAAGCUCCUGAGAUUUUAAACGUUAUUGGGGAACAAUUGCCAGUAUCUGAAAAACUUAAAGAUGCUGUUCAGCUUAGAACCAGUUCAUAUAUUGCACUUGGCUGUGAUUUGACUAAAUUAAACGAUUUCACUGCUGCUUUAGAAGGUUUAUUUGAUUCAGAAAAUACCGUUUUUACAUUUACAGCAGAGGUAUCUAUUACCUAUAUGCCUCAAAAAGAUGCUGAUUCUGUUAUUGAAUGGGCAUCUAAGUUUAAGCACUCUCGAUUUGUGCUGCUGGAGCAAAUUCUUCCGUCGGGUCCUGCCCAUCCAUUUGCAAAAACAAUGUUAAAACAUUUUAAUCAACUAAAUACGCCAUUAAACAGUGUAUUGAAGUAUCAACAGGUAGCGGACCAAAAACAUAGGUUUAAAUCUCUUGGCUGGGCUACAGUUCAAGCAUCAGAUUUAGCUACAUUUUAUGAUACAGCUAUAACGAAUGAACAGAAAGAGUUUUUAGACUCGACCGAAGCAUUUGACGAAUGGGAAGAAUUUAUUCUUUUUUGUCAACAUUAUGUUAUUCUAUUUGCUUCAACAAACAAAUUAGAUCAGUCACCAUUUAUUAACGAGUUUUCUUUGGUGGACACUUUGAUAACAAAACCCCAUUAUAACAUUAUAACUAAGGCGGCACCUGUUUCAUUCCACAAACGAUUUGCGGGGGGAUCAAAAUUUUCAUCAAAUUCACUUAUUAGUAAUGGUGGUCUUUCCACAAACAGAACAAAUGAUAGCAUUUUGAUUUCAACUGACAGCUCUACUUCUUUUGUCAUGGAGCAAGAAACAUUACAAGAACGAAUGUGUCAUACCCUUACAUAUCUUGAAAGCAGCAAACAGAUCAUGUUGGUAGGUGGACGAUUGGCUCCAAACAAGCCUCUGAAAGACUGUUGGUUAUUAUCUGAUAGUAAAUGGGAAAAAGUUCAGGAUCUUCCAUCUCCUCGAUAUAGGCAUCAUACAAUUUCGACCAAAGAUGAUGAUGUUAUUGUUUUUGGUGGUCGUGGAUUAAAAACAGAUUCGAUGGACUGGGUCAAAUUUGCUUCUGGUUCUUGGAAACCGUUAAAUUGCACUGGUGAUAAGUUACCAAAUUUAUACAGCAGUGCAGUUGCAUGGGAUAAAUCAAAUUCAAAUGGCUAUAUUUUUGGAGGUUAUAUGAAUAACAAUACCCUUAAUAAAAAUGUUUUCUAUUUUGAGAUAUCAUCAUCAGGUGUUCUAAUAACUGAUAUUUCUAACAAUUUUGAUGCCGACAGUAAACUUUUACUUAGCAGAAUUGGAGCCAAGGCAAGCUUUUUAAAUGGGUUGAUAUAUGUGGUAGGAGGUGUUAGCGACAGUCGGACCAAGAAUAUGAAUUAUAUGGUUGUUGAACUUAAUCCUAAAGACAACAAAGUAUCUCCUCUUCGAUACACUGAUAAUCUGUUAAAUUCUAGUUCGUUGGAAACUUCACCUAUUUUGGUUGGUUUCAACAUGGAAGUUCUUAAUGAUUCCUUAGUUACAUAUGGCGGUGGCGCUGUUUGUUUUUCAUUUGGCUCUUUUUGGGAUGAUAUAACGAUUUUCCAACCUCAAGAAUCUAAUUUGAAAAGUCUUCAUGUUAUUCACAAAUCUGCUAAAUUAUUCAGUCAUAUUCCGCUAAAAAAAGAACAUUGCAAGAAAUCCGACAUCCCUUUAUCUGCCACAGAAGUUGAUCUUGAUUUGAUAGGUGCAUCCUUCCAAGAUUUCUUGGAAAAGGUUUAUAUCAAACAAACACCUAGUGUGUUUCGUCAUUUAGACCUGGGACCAUGUUUAGAAAAAUGGAAAGAUCCAAGUUAUCUCAAAAGUACCGUGGGUGAAGAUUAUGAAAUUAUUGCUCAUAUUUCUGAAGCAUCUAAUAUGAAUUUCGCUGCUAAAAAUUUUGAAUAUAAAACAAUGCCAUUUGGGGAUUUCGUUUCCAAUGUUUUUGCACAAAAUAAUUUAAAGAAGUAUUAUCUUAGGUCUUUGUCAACAGAUAAUCCUAAAACACAUCCAGCUAUUUUUCGACAAGAUUUUCCCCAACUCGAAAAAGACUUCAUUUUACCACCUUCACUUGCAAAUCUAAAUCAAAUUCAAUUCUCUUCCCCACUUCGUAUAGCAACACCCAAUACCGCAAUUUGGUUGCAUUAUGAUGUUACAGCUAAUGUUUUGUUUCAGAUUGUUGGUCGCAAAACUGUACGCCUUUAUGCGCCUUCAGAAGUUUCUCAUCUACAUAUAUCUCCGGGCGCCUCAACGUCUGUUAUCGAGGAUAUAUUUGCAUAUAAUACCGAAGAUUUGGCUCUGAACUCACAGCCUCUUGAAGUUGAACUGCACCCUGGUGAUGCAAUUUUUAUUCCAGCAUGCUGGCUGCAUGCUACCAGGUCUGAGGAAUCAUCUAUCUCACUCAAUUAUUUUUGGAGAGAUUUGGACGCUCGGCAUUAUGCCGCAGGAAAAGAUGUAUACGGUAAUAGAGAUCUGGCAGGAUAUGAACAAGGCCGAACAUCAAUCAAUAAACUUGUUAGUUCAUUUGAUGGAACUCCUCCCGAAGUAAAAAAGUUUUAUUUACUACGCUUAGCAGAUGAGCUGAACAGCUGUAUCCAGAAUCUGUAA